AUGCCUUCCGUUCAGACAACGCUUGAGUUUCUCGCUAAGCUACCUCUAUAUCAAACGAAGAAGCCAUUCUGUCGAGUACCGAAAGAAGACGAAAACGAGACAAAUCCAGAGGGACUCAGCAACAUUCAAUGGCAUAAUGGGGAUGUCACUAUCAAAGAUUUGAGGGAUAUAACAGACACCUUCAAAUUGGACGUCUGUGGGUUUCAGGUGGUUGGCCAACCUUUCGCCGUAUCGCAACUUGACGAGAAUGCCAUUGCUCAGUACCAGAAGGAUACCGAGGCGUUUUUGAAAGAGUUUCUCAAGGCGGACUAUGUUGUUUGCCACGAUUGCAGAAGACGAAAAAAUGCCACAUAUCCUUCGGCAACUCUUGACAUCAACAAUCCGAUGCUAAUUCAAACUUUGCCCCAUGGGGUGCAUGAUAACACGUUCGAAUAUUCGAUCUCUCUAAUAACAAAGAUUUUGAAUGAGGACGAACAAGUUCUGCUUCAGAAGGCAAAAAGAGUCCAGAUAGUCAAUACUUGGCGACCUCUAGUCCCACAAGUCCAUGACAGGCCACUGGCAUUCUGUGAUUAUCGAACCAUAGACCCUCAAGACCUUGUAGCUGCAGACAGGGUCUUUCCUCAUCGAAAACAAGAGAACUAUUAUUUACACCAAAACCCAAGUCAACAGUUCUACUAUCUUUCUGAACAGACACCAGAUGACCUGCUCCUUAUGGUUCAGUUCGACACAAGCGCCGAUGGCCACGCGCGUUACUGCCCACACGCAUCGUUCAACAACCCCCAUGCACCUCCAACAUCCCCUCCAAGGGAGAGUAUCGAAACAAGACAAUUUCGUGUUAGCCUUCUUCACAUUGUCCUAGCAUAUUUAGUGGAUAUUGAUAUUGCCUUAGACGGCAUCUUCUCCACUCAACUAUCGAAAAUCCCAAUCAUGAAAGAAACCAGCGGUAUUCCGUCAAACACCUAUCCCCAAGACUGCUCGUCUCUCACACAGGACAUGGAAACGUCUCAGCAAAGUUCUACUGCAUCCGUGUUGGAUGAUGUCGACCGAAGAGGCUUUCCAGCUCCGAGCGACAAGGCCCAGCAAUGGAAAGAAAAUGGUGUCGAAAUAGUCGAAGAUUGGGAGCCGGCAAGAUGGAAUAUUUUCGGACGAGCCUGGAAGCAGGUUAAAGUAACAGUCGAUCUGGUCAUGGAUCUUGGAACAACCAAUACAUAG